UUCAUAAAAUUCAAAUCCUUAACAACUAUUUAUUUAAUUUGACACAGCUAUGUCACAUUCCACCUCUGAUUCCUCAUAGGCCGUAACUUGUAUUAAAUUUUUAGUGAAAAAUGGUGAAACAAAGCCAAAAAAGAAGACAUGCCUGUUAAUCAAGAAAUAAUUCAAAUCCAUAUUGGCCAAGCAGGAGUCCAAAUAGCAAACGCUUGCUGGGAGCUAUAUUGUCUUGAGCAUGGAAUACAACCAGAUGGCACAGUUUAUCCUUGCUUUCAUAAUCAAAAGGAGGAUGAAACGUUUAACGCCUUUUUUGAUAUCUCAGCAGUCGGUAAAGCAGUUCCUAGAGUCGUCAUGGUUGACUUGGAACCUACUGUUAUAGAUGAAAUAAGAACAGGCUGCUACAGGCAACUAUUCCAUUGUGAAGGUUUGAUUACAGGAAAAGAAGACGCUGCUAAUAAUUUCGCAAGGGGGAGGUAUAGCAUUGGCUCUGAAAUGAUCAGCAUCACCAUGGAUCGCAUUCGCAAAGUCGCUGAAAACUGCUCAUCUUUACAAGGAUUCCUUUUAUAUAGAGCGUUCGGUGGGGGUACAGGAUCAGGUUUUACUGCUCUGGUUCUCGAAAACCUGUGCAGAGAUUAUGGAAACAUUCCUAAGAUGACUUUUUCCAUUUAUCCUUCUCCCAGGAUAUCACCGAUAAUAGUUGAACCUUAUAAUACAACGUUAACAACUCACAAUUGUAUAGAAUACGAAGAUGUGUGUUUUGUAUUUGAUAACGAAGCGAUGUAUGAUAUUCUUGCAAGAAACUUGGACGUAUCAAGACCGACAUACACCAACAUAAAUAGGAUAUUAGGACAGGUUACAUCAACUAUAACUGCAUCUCUGAGGUUUACAGGAGCAGUUAAUAUAGAUCUCCAAGAUUUUCAAACUAAUUUGAUCCCCUACCCAAGAAUCCAUUUUCCUUUGGUUACAUAUGCUCCAUUUAUAUCUGCUGAAAAAGCCUAUCAUGAAACACUUUCCACCGCACAGCUCACAAAUUCCUGUUUUGAACCGGCAAAUCAAAUGAUCAAAUGCGAUCCAAGAAAAGGAAAAUAUAUGUCCUGUUGUCUGUUUUAUAGAGGAGAUGUCUCUCCCAUUGAUAUAAAUAAUGCAAUUACCAAUAUAAAAAGCAAGAGGAGUAUUUUAUUUGUAGAUUGGAGUCCAACAGGGUUCAAAGUUGGUCUGAAUUAUCAGCCCCCAACUGUAGUCCCAGGUGGUGAUUUAGCAAGAGUUCAGAGAGCUGUAACAAUGUUAUCCAAUAGUACAGCAAUCAAAGAAGCAUGGAUCAGAAUAUUACAAAAGUUCAACCUUAUGUUUUCUAAGAGAGCCUUUGUUCAUCAUUUUAUAGGAGAAGGAAUGGAAGAAGGAGAAUUUUCUGAGUCAAAAGAAGACUUGAAUUGCCUCAUUUUGGACUACCAAGAAGUAGAAAAGGAUUCAUAGCAAUCAUUUUAAUGAAAAAGGUAAUUUUUCCAGUUCAUCAAGAGUUUCAAAACCAUCUAUUACUCUGAAAAAUUAAUAUAUUAAGGAAAAUAUUUAAGAUUACUGCCAAGAACUUACUUUGCAAAAAUGGUGUACUUAAGGUCAAGAUGAGGAUGAGCCCCAUAGGUAAUGAAGAAUUGACUUCCAUUAUUAUUAGGUCCAUUAUUUGCCAUUGAUAUAAUACCUCUUGCAUUGUGCUGCACCAAUAAAUGAAAUAUAUAUUAUUGAUAUGAUCCUAUACAAUAAAAAAUAUUAGAACAAA